AUGGAAUCGCCAGUCCUCCACCCCCCAGACACAACAACAGACACCGACAUCCUCCCCCUCACAGUCCGCUUCUCCGCCUCCAUCCCAGACCUCCUCCUCGACAUCCCAUCCCCCUCCACUACCACCGCCGCAGGUCUGAAACAGCUGAUCCGCUCUCGCCUCCCAAGAGACCUAUCCACGCACCGUCUCCGUCUCAUCUACGCCGGUCGCGGACUGGAGGAUGCGUCCCCAUUAUCGGUAUCGCUGAAACUCCACCUGCAACCCAAGAUUCUUCUUCCCCCCCCACAAGACACCAAUCAAGAUGGCGUCGAUGGUAAGGGGAAGAAACCCGUCCGUGACGCGCCUCGGGUCUACGUCCACUGCUCGAUCGGCGAUAUCAUCCUUUCAGAAGAUGAGCUGAGUGGCGAGGUGGCUGUUUCGUCUACGUUGUUACUACGGCGACCAGAAGAAAAGGAACAGAGAAAGGAACAUUUAGUCUCUGCCCAGGAACAAGGACUGCAAGAACAAGAUCAAGAGCAUGAACAUGAACAAGCACCAUUUACGACACCUGCUCCGCGCGGUUUUGAUCGUUUACUGGCUACCGGGUUCACGCCGGCGGAGGUCUCGGCUUUGCGGUCGCAAUUUCUCGCCAUUCAAUCUGUUACGAGGACGCCCGAUACCAUGCCCACAGGGCCGGAGUUGAGGGAACUCGAGGAUAGAUGGAUGGAUGAGGGGACGACGGCUGCUGCGACUGUGGGCCUUGGCGGUGGUGCUGGUGGUGAUGGGGCAACGUUUGGAACCGACGAUGAUGGGGGGUUCGGUGUUGGUUCGCGGGGGGCGAUCGAUGAUAUGCUUUGGGGUGCGGUGAUGGGGUUCUUCUGGCCUGUGGGUUGUGUGAUGUGGUUAAGGAGGGAGGAAGGGGUAUGGAGUUGGAGGAAGGGGUUGACUGUUUUUGUGGGAGUUAUUGUCAAUGCGGCUUUUGGGGUGAUGAGGGUUACCGGGUAG